AUGUCACCUUUGCAAGGGGGUCUGAUGGCGCGCUAUUUCGUGGCCAACCGCGCGGCGGGCUUUUCAGAGGUGGUGAAUCUCAACCUGACUUCGGAUCUGGGCACCGACACGGUGCGUUUUUCGGCCCUUGUGCUGCAGCCACCGGCCUUGAGUUCCUUAGAGGUGGAGCUGCUGGACCUUCUGGACGAUGUCAACGUCACACCCACCCUGGUGCCUCCGUUUGCUCUGGACUAUGGCUUCAGUGAGGUGGAUGGGCUGAACUUGGCACGUCCAGGCAACACACCACUGCCGAGUUACCGCCUCGAUUUACCCUAUGCUGUGCCCUCCAUCGCGCUGAGCGCCACACUCUACAGCACCGCCGAGCGUGCGGAGUAUCCGCCCGCCGUGCAGCUGGAAAUGGAGCCGGCCGUCAACCGGAUUUUUCUUCGCGUGUUCUCCGCCUUCAGCGCUGACGUGAGCGUCGUCUACACCCUCGAGGUGGUUCGAGCGUCCACAACGAGCACCACAACUACAAGCAUUACCACGACGUUUGUCGCCAGAAGCAUUGUCAGUGGCGAGCUCAGUAUCAUCGUCUCCGACUGCAUGGCCUUGUCCACGGAUGAGGUGGCUCGGCGCGACCUGGAGCGCGGCCUGGGCGCCUCUUUGGCACUGCCAGCACGCCAGGUGGAGAUCACCGACGUGAGGUGCACGGGAACGGUCCGGAUGGAAGGGUCGCAACGGCGCGUGCAGUCGCAAGCUGAGCUGGUCUAUGAGAUCUCGCUUGGAGGCGAUGCAAAUGUGUCGGAGGUGGUGACGAGGAUUGAGCAGCAAACGACGGCAUCCUUGACCCAGGAACUUCAGUCUGCCUUGGACGCCGGCAGCUCCAACCUGCAACUCGCCGUCACCUCUAUCGGUCCAGUGGAUCAACGGGAGGGCGUCACCAGCACUGUCACCAGGACGAUGACUGGCACAAGCACCAGUCGCAGUUCCAGCUCCACCACAGCUAGCUUCACCUCUACCAGCUUCACUGCCACAAGCAGCAUGACCCUCACUGUGACUCAAACCACCUCCACCAGCACCAGCCGCUCGACGUCGUCGUCGACGCAAAGCACCAGCAGCUUCAGCACUUCCACAAGCUCGCUGACCACGACCGGGGGCAGCACCAGUAGCAGUAGCAGCAGCAGCAGCUCCCGAAGUUUCACGAGUCACACCACGUCCUCGACCACGAGCUCCACGGCCACCUUCAGCAGUUCCACGUCCUCCACGGUGAGCACCACAGGCAGCCUGAGUUCCUCGACACGCACCUCCUCCACCCGAACGACGCAAACUUCGACUUCCGGUACCGAGACCUCCCAAACAUCGUCGACCAAGACGAGCAGCAGCUUGAGCAGCAUUAGCCUGAGCAGCACCACCAGCAGCAUCAGCACGAGCACGAUCAGCAGCAGUAGCACCAGCACAAUCAGCAUCACGACAACCUCCAGGACCACCAGCAGCGAAACGUCCUCCUCGACCAGCACCCGGAGCACGACCAGCACCAGCAGCACAGCUACCACAAGCUCUUCCAGCAUCACCCACAGCAGCAGCACCGCGACGACGACCUCCACGGGGCCGGACUACAUCAUCUCUGGAUCCAUUUCAAUCGAAUUGAGCAAUUGGACCGACGAGGCGGUGGAGGAAGGCUUGCGGAACGGCAUUGCCGAGGUGGCUGGAGUGGAUCCCUCCUGGGUGCGUGUCACACUGCCAGAACCGGGGGAAGAGCGACGUUUGUCAUCGAGUCCCAUGACGGUGGACUACACCAUCGACCUCCCACCCUCGCUAGACAUGGCCGCCGUGGCAAAGGUGCGCACGCAGAUCCGAGAGGAGCCGCUCAGCUCGUUUGGGGAGACCUUGAGUGACGCGCUGGAUCUGGCUGGAGCCGAGGUGGUUUUAGUGCUCCGCGCGGUGGAGACGCCGUGGAUUGAAGUGGAGACGACCCCGCCGCCCAGCACGACCAGCACCACCCUGUUUUGCCCGGGGGAGCCUGUUUGUGGUGGGCUUCAUGGGGUGUGUGAAGCCACGGAGGAGCCCUCGAAGCCCUGGCAGUGCAGUUGCAGUGAGACCUAUGCGGGGCCCAGCUGUGCAGAGCGUGUUUGCCCCAGCUGCGAGAACAAUGGGACCUGCUCCAAUGAAUCACAGGACGCCAGCGGUGGAAAUUGGGCCUGUGACUGCCCAGCAGGCUUCCAAGGCGAUCGAUGUGAGCUCUUGCGGUGUCCCAACGACUGCAGUGAGUCCGGCGACUGCGACACGGACACGGGCGUGUGCAGCUGCUUCAGCGGCUACAGCGCGGUGGACUGUUCCUUGACACCCGACUGGAAGGUGCCGCUGCUGAACUGCAUCGACAUCAUCCUCACCUGGGGCUUAAAGGGCCAUGAGCUGGACAACGCCUCGGCGCCUGAGUUUGAUCCGCGCUUCGAGCUGCUGGCAGCACCGGAGACGCAGGCCUGGCUCCUGGAGACCUGUCAACUGGCACGCGCGGACCUGGAGCUCCUGGUGCGCGACGAGCUUCCCUGCUGGAUCGAAGGCUUCGAGACCUUUGUCAACGCGGUGGGUGGCAUGUUCCCAGUCGAGGACCCCGACUUAGCAUCACAAGCCCUGCAGGCCUUUAUGCACCAGGAUCUGGCGAAGAAGUUCUAUGGGGAUGUGGUCACGGAUGGUGUGGACUAUGGCGGACGGCUCUACUUCACCAUGGUGAGGCUGAAGAUCAAUGUGGCUCAGAAUGCCAACACCACCUACCGGAGCGCCAUGCGCGAGCGGUGGAACGACUGGGUGCGGCGGCGGAACGAGGGAGCACCUUUCAGGGCCGGAGCGAUGCUCAUGGUCUCGGCGACGUGGACCCAGAUGCAGCUCGAAAGUGAGGUGGUGCAGAGCACCUUGUUAGCCUUCUCAGCGUCAAUCUCGGUGUCCUUGCUGGCAGUGGCCGUCUUCAGCCAGAAUGUGGUGAUUGCGAUCUACGUUUGCAUGAACAUCCUCUUGGUGAUUGGGGUUUUGUCGGGAUUCCUGCUGAACGUCAUGGGCUAUGAGUUCGGCGUGGUGGAGGCCAUUGGUGCCACGAUCUUUGUGGGAUUGAGUGUGGAUUAUUGCUUACACUUGGCGCAUGCCUACAACCAGGCGCCUGGUGUGAACUCAAAGCAGAAGAUGCGGCAUGCACUGGUGGUCAUAGGACCUUCCAUCCUGGGCGGCGCGCUCACCACGAUCAUGGGCUCCGCCUUUCUGCUGCCCUGUCGCAUUUUGCUCUUCCAAAAGCUCGGCUGGACCUUGUUUGCCAACUCAGCGGUCUCCAUGCUCUUCACCUUCUCCUUCCUCAGUCCCAUGCUGCUGAUCUGCGGCCCUGUUGGACGAACGGGAGACCUUUGCUGCUGCCUCAGGCGAGGCGGAUCGCUGAGCGAUCGCUGGGCGGAGGAGCGGCAUGGGACCAUCAACCUGGAUCAGAUGACGGAGGAAAGCAGUGCUGCAGCGGCCUUCCGAGCGCAGGCAGAGCGACGUGCUGGAACGCUCCACUUGGAUUCACUGGAAAGCAAUGUGAAUGCGGCAGCAGAUGCCUUUUCUGCUCAGGCGCGCCUCAAGGCAGGAACCAUCCACUUAGACGCCCUCGAGAGCCGCGUGAGCGCUGCGGCCGCUGCCUUCAAGGAGCACGGCGGGGGUCCUCGCACGGACGACCGCGGCUCUCCAAGUGCCUGUGUGAUCGGCGAGGUGGCGCUUGAGCUCAAGAGUGUGAGCAGUGAGGCCGGAAGCCCCAAGGCUGCAGUCCCUUCAGAGCCAUCCAGCGUGAGUCUCUUUGUGCCGGAGGAGCCCAGCAGUGUGAAUCUAGAUCCCGUGGUCCUGGGCAAGUCCAUCCGAGUCUAG